UUCGUUCUAGUCGCAAGUAAGCGCUUGACAUUUCAAACGUCAAAAUGACAGAAGAGAGAAUUUUUGAAUUUUUGCUCCCAAAACACCACGAUUACCCCAAACUCCACUGCGAAGCAGCCGAAACCAUUGCCAAGAGCUUCACGGAUGUUAUUUACGACACUUUGAGGCUCAAAUCGGCGAUUCCGGCCAAUAAACGCCUCAACGUUCUUAAAUUCAUUAAAACACUUGCGUCCGCUCCAGACAAUCAUGUAACAGUGGACGAAAGCAAUUGUGCAACGUUUAUUAAAUCACUUGAGGGGCAAUUCAGUGACACAAGUGAUGAUUACUUAAACCGGGUUGAGAGCGAUUUAAGGGCACAAUUACCAAAAGAUUUGUCCGAAGAAGUGUUACAGUUUUACAAGAGACGCAAACAAGCCCACGAGGAGAAAAUCAAACGGCUUGAACUGAUCAAAAAACACGACCAGGAAGCGCUAGACAACGACAAUUUUUUGCACAGAGUCACACGAAGCAUCACGUAUUACGAAACGAGCGAAAACGUUAUUAAACAAUUAUUGGGAAACGAAUCAAAGAACCAAAAUUCGCCCAACACAACCGACUUCAAUUCACCCGACUAUAGGGCAAAACAAGUGCAAUUUGCAUACGGGUUACUGCACCUGAAACACUGGGAGACCUUACUGAAGGUUUUAGAACGGUUCAAAAAAUACGAGACUUUGUCAAACACCGAACAAAACUUCUUGUGUUACUUGAGCACGAAUUUAAGCCCCGACUGUGACCACUUAGGGCCGAUUUUAGUCAACGAUUUCAUUUUCGUGUACGAGAGCAUUGUCUUGACCUUUUGUACACAAAUAAUUCAACUACCAGACGCCCAAAUACCCCAAUUUUUUGAAACCUUGCCAAGUGACAAAAAUUACCAAACCCUUAAAAAUUUAAGCACAAAUCGCGAAUUUGGGCUAAAAUUGAAGAAUUUAUUGUUCGAGUUGUACAGUUUUAGUUAUUGUAAUGCCAAUUUACUGAAAUUUGCUAAUUUAUUUGAAUAAAUAAGUUUAAAAAGCG